AUGGGCGGACCGGCGCAGUGGGCCGACCACUACCCCACGUGCGGCGGUUCUCGUCAGUCACCCAUUGACAUCACCACCACGACGGGUGGAAACGUGGCAACACGCUCAUUGGCAUUCAGUGGCGAGUGUGCCAACUUCAAUCUCACGCAAGCGACUGAUACGUUCGUGGCAAGUGUCGUUGGCGGGUCCUGUGCGGCAUCGGCGAACGGUGCCUCCUACAGCAUGGCGCAGCUCCACCUCCACGCCCCCUCCGAGCACACACUCGACGCGAAGCCGCUGGACGGAGAGGUCCACUUCGUCCACAGCAACGCAGACGGCUCUGCUCUUAUGGUCGUGGGUGUCUUUCUACAAGUAGCGAACACAGACACGACGGACCCGUGGAUGGUCUCGGUGCUCGACGGGAUGGAAGCUGUCACGCCGGCCGCUGCAACCACGAUGAACCUUGGCUUGUACGCUAACGUCGUGAACACCAACGCCGUCCGCACCUACAACUACCCGGGUAGCCUCACGACUCCUGGUUGUGACGAGAUCGUCGACUGGUGGGUCGUGCAGCAGCCCAUGUCGAUCUCGUCGGCGGACUUCACCCGCUUGCAGACGCAGCUGAAGGAGCUGUCUGUGACGGACAACGGCAACAACGCUCGCCCCGUGCUACCACUGAACGGACGCACCGUUGUAAGUCUGCAGUAG